ACUCCUCACUCCAUUCCAUCCACCAUAUUAUUUACGACUCUUCUCAUUUAUAAAGAUCUCCAUUCACUAAUAACUUGAUGACAUUUUGUGAUUUUCUUGUUGAUAAAUGACAAAGGAAAAGAUAACGUUAAUUGACCAUUGAUUGAUAAGUUUAACGACUAUUGUAUUUCUUCCAGAAUAAUUAAUUAAUUAAAAGGAUUUUCGCCAUGGGAGGAGGGAGGAAGAUUUCUGACCUUCGUGUCGUCGACUUGCGCAGCCAUUUGGAGAAGAGGGGCCUCGACACGAAGGGCAAUAAGGCUGCUUUGGUGGAAAGAUUGACACAGGCUCUGGCCGCAGAGGGGAUAAAUCCUGAAGAAUAUUUGAUGGGUGACGUAGAAACGGCUGGCAAAGAUAAGCCUACGCAGUCUUCCGGAGGCGAAACCACCGAAGCUGAUGCUAGUGAAGAACUUCCCCCAGAAUCGGAAGAAGGCCCAGAGGCGUUAACAGUCAUGGAGGUUGUAAAGAUCACGGAGAGUGAAAAACAAGAAAAUGAAGGACAAGAAGAAACUGUUGAUAAACCAACGACAGAGCAAGAAAGUGUAGUUCAGGACCUAAAUAAAGAAGAAGAAAGUGUAGCUCAAGCCCAAAAUAAAGAAGAAAGUGUAGUUCCAUCACAAAAUAAAGAAGAAGAAAGUGUAAUUCCAUCACAAAAUAAAGAAGACGAAAGUGUAGUUCCAUCACAAAAUAAAGAAGACGAAAGUAUAGUUCCACUACAAAAGGAAGAAGAAGAAAAUGUAGUUCCAUCACAAAAUAAAGAAGAAAGUGUAAUUCCAUCACAAAAGGAAGAACAGGAAAGUAUAAUUCAACAACAAACUGAAGAACACGAAAAUUCAGAUCACGAAAACAAAAAGGACAAAAGUCCAGACCAAGAAAGAGAAAUUGAUAAUUCAAAUAAAAAAGACGAAGAACAAGAAAAAAAAGAUGACUCCAAAGCAUUGCCAGAAAAGAAAGAUCCUGUAGAAACUGAUAAAAUAGAAUCUAAAAAUGAUACCUCGACCGAUGCUGGGGUUGACGAUGACAAUUACGCACUAAACCUAACGAUUGGGGAUGAAGAGGAUAAAUUUAUAAUGGAUGGAGAGGAUGGAGCUGAAAGUGAAACAAAUCCUGAUACAACUCUUGACAACUCUUUCCAUUUGAAACUAGCAGUUGUGCCAUUAUCAUCAAUCACAUGUGAAAACGCCGACGAGUCCAAGUCGGCAUCACCUGGGCCUAUCAAUGCUACACAAGCGGAACCUUCAUCCGAAGAAAAACAACAUACUGAAAAAUCAUCCGAGGAAGGAGGAGGAAACAAGCCGCCACGAAAAUCUAAAGAUGAAGACCGAAAUACCCUUCUGGUCACGGGCUUGUCGUCACAGACUGCAGCGACGGAAAUCAAAGCGGUGUUUAAGAAACAUGGAAAGAUUGGCGGCGUUAAGAUAAUGUCCAAUGCGAAGGAUCCCGAGGGUAGUCGAUUUGCAUUGGUGUCAGUAAUGUCGUCGGAGGAUGCCACGAUCUGCAUUAAGAAUCUUGAUGGUUUCGCACUUAAUGGACACAUCAUGCAUGUUGAGAAAGCUCGGGACGAAAUGUUGACUGCAGAUUGGGUGAACAGUCAUUCCUCCAAGAACAAAAAUAAGGACGGGAAAAAAUCGGGGAACGGAAUCCCACCUGGAUUAACACCACCUCCUACGCCCAAAGAAGACUCGGCCAACAUUUCUAUUGAUCCCGCAACCGAAAAAUCAGAUAGUUCGAAAGACAUUGUUGAAGUUAAAUCAGUCGAUCAAAAACCCGACGUAGAAAUGCCUGCUACUAAAUCAAGUCCCACCGGACCAGCCGUGUCGUCAUCAUCCGACGCCGCCACCAAAGCAAAAGUGGAAUCAAAGUCGAAACGACGAUCGUCCAAAGAUUCAGGAUCCGGAUCCCACAAACACCGGCUUUCGAGGAGCCCUGAGGAGAGAAAGGGACGAAGUAGGGAGGUAGUUUUCUUCAAGAGACGAGAAUUCCACCCGUCACCAUUCCGAGGCGGGAUGAAUUCACGCCUGAUAAGAAGUCGUCAUCCCAGAUAUCGCUACCACGACGAGGACGAGGAGGAACGAAGGGAAGAAUAUCGUCGGCGACUGAUGGAACGCAGGGAAAUGCAGCACCGUCGUCGCCACGGUUCUCCACAUCGUCACCACCGCCACUCCCUCGUGCGUAGAAGUCGAAGUCCAUUGCAGCGAAUUCCUUUCCACAGGGGAGGAUCGUCACCAGAAGGUCGGCGGAGCAGGCAACCUGAACUUACAUUUGAAGAAAUCUAUGACACUCAUCAGCGUGAAAAGGAUCGCGAGAUGGAGAGGGAACGACGAGAGAUAGAGCGACGAAGGAUGGAGGAAGCACAAAAACAGCACAUGUUGGAUGAAGAAUUUCGCCUCUUGGCCAAGGAGCGUGGAAGGAUUGAGGCGGAGAAGGCGGAAUUGAAACGUCAAAAGGAGAGAAUGAUUAUGGAGGAGAGAGAAAAGCAGAGAAUUGAGCAGGCCGAAAUUGAGAGAGAAAAGGCAAUAUUGGCACGAAAGGUCAAGGUCAAACGGUUAAAUUUGGAAGAGCAGUAUAGAAAUUUGGAGGAUAGUGAAGAAUCAAAGAAGGCUGGACGACAUAGCUUUGUGGACCCACGAUCCGACAAGGAUAAGAUGCGACCGCAUCCAUAUCGUAAAGAGGACCCUGCUCGAUUUUUGGACCGUACUUCAGGAAUUCGAGGUGCACCGAUUAGAAGUGCUCCGGUACGCGAAGUACGUGAUCACGUGUCACCAAGUUGGGAACCUAAUGAAAGGAGGGACACUAAAACAAGAGGGCACGUUAAAGGUCGUGACGAUACGGCAAUUCCAUCAGGUUCCGGGGGGACCAGAUACUCCGCUCCAUUUGAUACUUCUGGAGCUGCACCUCAACGCAUUGUGACCACUCUCCCAAGAACUUUAGACUAUUUAUCUCGGGACCCCUCCUGGCGACCGGGUGGAACUUCGUUCACCGGAGAUUCAUCAAUGUCCAUAUUACGCACAGAAAAUUGGUUAUCUAACCGAGAAUCGACCUGGGGUGCUUCAGAAAGAAUUGCCAGUCGUACUGGGACCGAAAUCCCUGAGCGUUGGGGGGGCGGUACUUCCAAUCUGGGAACUAGUGCCGGGGCACGCCUUUCAAUUCCAGUGGCCCCACCUCCGCCUAUUUUCUCUACUACUAGCGACAACUUGAACUUGAAUUUCAACACGGGAAUGUACAACAGCAACUACAACUAUAAACUUCCUUCAUCAAUGUCAUCACAUCGUCGUUAAAAAAUUGUAUUCGUGUCUAAUUUUAUUUUCAUAAAUUGUUCCUGAUGACGCUAAAAUGUGUAUUUACGUUUGACUCUAGUGGUAUUAACGCUAUACUAUCUUGACUUGAUUCCCGAAUCUAUAUUUAUUUUAGGUAGUAGCGACUUUGAUCUGGUUCUUGUAUACAUAGUUAGCAAAAUGGAAUAAAGUUCUACUAGUUAGUUACCUAAAUUUGUUAGUGCAUGAAAAAACAUCAUAUUUUAAUGUUAUGUCUUCAUUUUUUUAUUACAACUUCCUAAUCAAUUGUAUCGUAGUUUUCAUAUAGUUAUUUACUAGAAAAAGUGAGAAUGUUUGUAAGUCAAACACUAAACAAAUAAAUAAAAUGUUUACCUUAUUUCUGCAUAAAAAAUAAUAAA